UAUCUUUAUUAGUAAUUUUAUGGUUGUUAGAAAUUAUUAUAUGAUACGAUGUAGGUACAUACGAUGAUACGUCUUUUGAUAGGUACAUUUUAGUAGACGAAAAGCACUGACGUUAUUAACACGAUGGAAAAUAUUACGCGAGUGUAUAGUGAAAAGGGCAAUAUUUUGUUAGUUUUAAAUAAUUAUACUUUUUAUAAGGAUCGCAUUACACAAGCUGGUGUGAAAUGGCGAUGUACAUUAAAAUCAUGUACGUCAAAGCUCUUUAUGAGUGAAGAUGAAACUGUGCUUUUAAAAUCGGUUAUCGAACACAAACAUUCACCGCGUAAAAAUUUAACAAAAGUAACCAUUUCCAAUAAUUUAAAACGGAAAGCUGUGGAUGAAAUUUCCAAACGCCCAUUAAAUUAAUACGUGAAGAAGUUCAAUCAAAUAUCGUGGAUGUAACAUUAAACGAUGUAAACUCCAUUCGUAGAAGCAUUUAUCGUGCAAGAAGAAAAACACUUCCACCACUUCCAAAAUCUAUUUCUGAAGUUCACUGAGCAUUAACACUAUUACUAUUAAAUACUUACAAAGUGAACACAUUUAUCAUAGUUGUCGUCAAAGAUUAAUCAAAAUUCUGUGCAAUGUAUUGGAAUGAGUUAAAUCCUCAGAAACGCAAUGUCUUGUUUAAAUUCGAUAAUUCAGACGUGAAAAAAGACAAGGACCGAAUAUUUAUAAGACUUAAAAAAGGUGUAUUCAAUUUCGUUAGCUUGUUUUUUUCAUCUUCCAACAUCCAUGGCCUUAACCACUUAACUGACAAGAGGAGGCAUUAUACCGAAAAAUUAAUUUGGGUUGUUGCAAUAUGUUUGAGCAUUUACGGAUCAGCAAUACUUGGUUCGUCCACUUGGACUCGUUAUCAAGAAAAUCCGACAGUGAUAUCCAUGGACAGAGAGUACAAAGAAUGGGCAACUUCACUUCCAGCAGUCACUUUAUGUCCUACGAAUAAGAUCGAUGACCAACUCUUCGAUGAACUCGUACAGAAAAAGUUUACAAACUACACAGACGAAGAAAAAGAAGAUUUUCGGACGUUUCUGGUGCAGUUGGCAAAUGCCACUUACGGAACGUUUAAAGAAGUGCCUUCGUACAAUCGGAUAUCGCCGAAUGAGUACCUGAAUUACGUCAUGUCCCUGAGCGGUGUUGUAUCGUACACAAUCAGCAACAGUCACGUAGACAUAUUUUCGUCGAUCGAAUUGGUGCCCAGUGUAACCGAGUUGGGCUUAUGUUAUUCGUACAACGGGUACGUUGCACCUUACAACGGUUACAAAUAUUGGAUAAAUCACAACAUCAGCGAGUUCCCGAAGAUAGAAAUUAUGUCCGGCACCCCGUUGGACGGUGAUAUUUUCGUUCAGAUAACGUCCAUGAAUUUCGGUUACAUGGGAUUUGUGCACUCCCCCUACGAAGUGCCCGACGUGGCGUGCCGCAUUUUCCCGUCACCGGAGAACUUCUACAAAACGCUGGACGUGACCGCUCUGAGUAUAUUCAGUACUCCAGAAAUUAGAUACCUUUCGCCCAAGCAGAGAGGCUGCCGGUUCUCGGAAGAGAGCGACUUGGAGAUAAGUCCAAUUUAUACGUACAACAUAUGUCGAAACCAGUGUCGAAUGGACCAAGCUAGAAAACUAUGCGGAUGUGUACCGUACUUUUACAAGCCGCUGAAAAAAUAUAAAAUAUGUGAUGUCAAAGGGAUGCAUUGUUUGGAUCAAUAUAAAGAGUUUCUUAUAACACUCCGGAAUACAACAGGAGUUGAUGAAAAAGUAAACUGUGGUUGUUAUCCACCUUGUGACGAUGUUAAAUAUAUCGUAGAAGGAGACAACACAAUUCAAUGGUUUCUAGGAACUAAUUUAAAAUGGGGACUUAUCAAAUAUCCUCGUAUGCGUUUGAAAAGAAACGUUUUAUUCGGUUUCACUGAUGUUUUAGUUUCGAUUGGAGGCACUGCAGGUCUGUUUCUUGGAUGUUCGGUAUUAAGCUUCCUGGAGAUAAUUUACUUCUUCACAUUUCGCCUGGCAUUCACGUCAUUGUGUAAGAAAUAAGAAACUAAGGAACUAAUUGAACACUGCGAUUAUUAAAUGCAAUUCUCUCAAAGAUAAUCAAUAACAAAUGUAAUUUUAUUUCAUUUCGUAGCAGGUCAAUUCCGUACUAAAAUUAUAAUCAAAUACAUUUUAGUACUAUAAUAAAGUUUAUAAUGUGCACUAACGUAUUAGACUAUAUU